AUGGAUUUCAAACGUAACAAAGUGAUUACAUUAUAUUUAGCUGGAAAAUCACAACCAGCGAUUGUUCGAGGACUCAAACACCUUAAAAUGAAUAAAGUUUUCGUUUAUCGCACCAUAACUCGUUACAAUGAAACUGGUAGCAUCGCAAAACGUCAUGAAGGUGGUCACCAAAGACUGCAACGUCACAUGAGAUGGUCGAAAAAUGGCGUCGCAGCCCUGAGCGGCGGCGAAUCUCUAUCUUCGUGCGGUUCAUCUAACAAUGGAGACGGCAUUCUGACUUCCCCGCCAUGCAGCCCGGCCAGCAGCGGAGAACUCAUCAUCUGCGACGACAACAAUUCGACCACCACUACGGGGAGCGGGGUCGACCAGCUCCUGCAUGGAAGAAUUCUCACCAGUGGUCUAUCAUCAAACACUUCCAGCGAUGAGACGAAAGAAGAAGCCAAAAAUUCCUUUAAUAUAGUGGUAGAUGAUAAAGAUAAAGUUGGAGAAAGCAAGAGUGAAAUUGAUUCUGACAAGAAACUGGCAAAAAAUGAUGAGACCAGUCACAGAGUCAAUUUGUCUGAUGUUAGUAAGAAUGGUCUGCCAAUUAGUAAUUGCAGUGUGGUCGCUGUAAGAAUAAGCGAUGAUUUGAAUCUUCGAAAUUCUGAUUAUGAAACCAAAAGUAAGGUUGCCGAAAAGGAUACUGAAGUAGGUGCCUCGUUUGUUGAUAAAGUAACGAUGAAAGUUCAAGAUGAUUUGGAGAAUAUUGAUACGAACGGUAAAAAAGAGGAAUUGUUGGAAGAAAAUGCUAGUCCAAUGCCAGACUGUAAGGUCGCCAUUGUCAGUCCACUAAUUUCUCAAAAUGCCUUAAGUAGGAAAGUUGAAGACAAUACAAGUGAAAAAUUGGCAGAAACGAAUAGUUUAUCUGCUGAAGUUAGUUCAGUGACUCUUAACAAAGUUACAAAUUCCUCGAACGAAGUUAAUUUGGCUGAACUUACGAAGGAAAACCAAACUGCAAACAGUAAUGCAUGUGAAACAGCGAAUACUGCCAAUAAUAUUACUUUAGAAAAUGUUUCAUCGCAAAAUUCCAACUGCAUCAAUACUUUCACGACGUUAAACAAUGGCGUAGUUAAUUUUUCUACUUUUUCUAACACCAACACUGCCCAAGUUUUCCCAACCGCAGAUGCCUCAAAUGGUGCAGUUGUCAAUGGCCUUUUACUACAACAGCCGAAUAUGAACUCGCCACAAAAUAUAAAAUUUUUGCAAUGCGUUACGAAUAACGGAAUAAUGAAUAGUCAAGUUAGAAUUUGCAAUAAUUCUCCUUCAAUUCUGUUAAACAACGCCGGAUUCCCACUUUUGAAAAACAACCAAGCAGUUUUGGGAGCUAUCCAAAAUAAUUUAUCUGCUGCUAAUGGAGGCGGUCAAGUGGCGGUUACCACAUGGAAUGGAAGUCCAAUCUUGAUCAACGCAAAUGCGUUGACGACAAAUUUAAACCAGCUAAAUAAUUUAACAAAUAAUAAUUUGAAGAAAUGUAACUCAGCGAAUCAAGUUCAGAAUAAUCCUGUGAAAGUUUGUAAUAAGAUCUUGGAACAAAAUGGAAGCGGAAAAAUUAGCCAAGUGACUUCUGGAAAUAAACGACCGUCACCUGUGAAGGAGCAGAUCAAAAGCAAAGGAAUACAGAAUAAUCUUAUCGCACCGUGUCCUGCAAAGAAACCCCGAUCUGCCUGCAAGACAGAGCAACAAAAGCAUAACACACGCACAGCCCAGCAUUCAUGCUGUCCGAAUAAAAAUAAACUACAGAUUAACAAUAAUUCUACACCUACCAUUAAAACAGAUCAUAUCACUAAACCACAGCCUGCAACAGCUGCCAUUAAUAAUAAUAGCAGUAAAAAUAACAUUAACCAAAUAGAAAAACCCUUCAAUGGUGUUAUAGAUCCUGUCGUCAUCAACGCUCUGCAAAAGAACUGCGUCAGCAUUCAACAAAUCUCUGGAAAUAAGAAUUUAGUCAUGACUCCAAAUUCGAAUAACAAGAAUUUGGUUAUAACACAGAAUACGAUAAAUACGACACAGCUAAUAGUCCAACAAAACAAUGGAAAUUCUAAGUUAACUGUAGCUGGUAAUCAGCAACCAAAGUGUCAAAGUCCUUGUUCCAAUAAUAGAGAGAUAACGAAUUAUUUUAAGGCGCAAGUUAAGCCACAGAGGAGGGCUAGUGAUAAUUCGCAAGUUUUGGCCAAUUCUGCUAAAUUGGUGGCUACACAAAGUGAUUAUUUGGCGAUGCUAACGGCUAAAACGCAUGCAAACCAACAGGUACUUUUGGAAAAGCGAUCGUAUGACGUACGUACCCUUACCCUGGCCACGCCUCCCAUUUUGAACAACAAUAAUCAGCUGGCUAAUCACAAUAACAAUAUAUCCAACAAAGCAUCCCAACAACAUCUGAUUAACGGUAUAACGACACCCUUGGCUCAGCAACAGCAGAAUUCAUUCAAAAUCGGCGCCAUCGAAGUCUCUUUGAACGCGGAUAUUGCUUCUAAACAAACGAAAAUGACAAACGAUGUCUUUAACCGACAACCGGCCGCCCCUAGAAAACCUAGAGGUAGACCAUGUGUUAACAUUGCCCCAAGGGUGGCAAAGAAGCCCAAAUGUAUAGCUCCGAAAACUGAUUUGAAGCCUAAUAAGAUCACUCAAGCUGUUACCGCGCAACCAGUAGUUACUGCAGCAAAUACUGUUCCGGCACAACAGAACAUGAUUGCGGUAUCUCAGCAUCAAGCAACCACAGUCGCUCCUCAAACAGUUUUGUUGACUACUUACACAACAAAUCUACCAGGGCAACAAAAUUUAGCUAAGUUACCAGCUGGAUUGAUUUUAAACGGCACGCCUUCAGGAAUUAGAUUCCAGCAGAGUCCUCAGCCUGUUUAUGUUGCCGCUAACCCUUUCCUGCAACCAGUUUACGUGACCAAACCAUUCCUGCAACCCGUAGGAUACGGAGCGCCACAAUUCACACAGUUCGCCACAGCACAAUUCCAGCAAAAUACAGUAGCAAGCAACGAAAUGAUAAGUACACCUGCCUUGGUUAGUAAUGACAUACCAGCUUUACCCAGUAGUGAAAUGAUUGGUUCCAAUAAUUUUGGUUCUAUUGUGACCACUCCAGAUAAAGAUUACGUUCAGAAUACCUCAACAGAAAAUGCUGUUAGUCAAUUAACAUUAACGAAUGAAAGUAUAACAUUAGAAAAUCCAGUAGUUAGUUCAAUUACAUUAGAUAAAUCUGUCGAAAUGGAAUGUGAUAAUAAAGAUCAAAGUUUAAUAUCAGAGAAUGCGGUGUCAUGCCAAAGUAUAGACGAGUCAUUAUGUGAUCCUGUAAAUAGUAUAACGGAAACUGCAAGUACUUUCAAUACAUGCAAAACAGAACCUUUAGAAAAUUCUGCUAUCGACAGCAGUUUACCAGAAAUUGAUAUAAGCAAAACGGAACCAAAUGAUUCAUUCAAUGCCAAAACUGAUAACAGCAAUUUGACUAUUUUGGAAAAUUCAAUAGAUAAUUCUAUACAAAAUGAUGAUAUUAAACCUGAACCAGAAAUUAAAGAAAUCUUGAAAGAAAUUCAGGAACCCAAAAGUCCAAAGAGUUUGAUUUUAGAAAGGAUACAGCAGAAAUUGGAUUCAGAAAAUAGCUUUUCAAGUAGUUUCGAAGAGGAAAGGAAAAGCACAGAACCUCAAGAACCAAGGGUAAUAAGAUUUCCAGCCAAGUUUCCUUGUAAUGGAAGAUCUGAUAGCUCUAGGCUAUCUAGGGAUAAUUUUGGAGCAGGUCGAUGUGUUUGGGAAAAGUGUCAUGGUAAUUUUGAUACAAGUUCUGCGCUACUUGAACAUCUACAGGUUUCACAUGUAAACACUCAGUCGGGGCCUCGAUAUUGUUGUCAGUGGCGUGGUUGCCGCGUUUAUGGUCGAGAAUCAAGUUCUCGUAGGUGGCUGGACGCCCAUGUGGCUAGUGUUCAUGCUGGUUCGACAAAAACUCUACAAUGUAUAGUAGCAGGUUGUAGAAGAAGAUUUAGUUCUCAGUUGGCUCUCCAGAGGCAUGUCAACAAUCACUUCAAUGAAUCUGAAGGUAACGGUGCUAAUGCUAAAAAGUCACAAGAACCACAUCUUCAAGGCUCGGCAGCAGCUCUGAAACUUAUAAGGAAGAAUGGGAAGAAACUACGAUAUAGAAGACAACCAUGGAGUGCGCGUAUGUUCGAUUUCUUCGACGGCGGCGCAAUGGAGGGACUGCAAUAUCGCCUUCUUUGUACGGAGGCGCUUGCAGGAGGUGCCAAGGGCACUGUUCUCUUAAGAAGUGAUAUUUUGGGCAGAAGAUUAGACAGCACUGGAAAUGCGCAGGUGCUCGUCUCGUGGAACCCUCCUGACAUUCUGCCCGAUGAAUGGAUCUCAGAAAGUGACUACACCCCCACAAAGGAAGUAGACAUAAGAAAACUACCGACGGACAGCAAAUGUGAGAUAUCUAAUCAAAUUGAAGCACUCACGAAGAAGCAGGAGAAAGUUCCUAGGAAACAGUCAAGAAAACACAAAAGAUCCGAUGGAGAAAGCAGCACGACGAGCAGUUCUUUGAGCAGCACAAGCAGCAGUUACAGCAGCAGCGUGGUCGCCAGCUGGUUUGAUCUCUGAAGUGAAUUGUGAACGAAUGGUGAGGCUGUUUGUAAGAGUAUCAGAAUAAAAUAUUUUUAAUUGUAAUUAGUGACAUUAGGGCAGACUGCACAAAACGUUUGUGAAAUUAAUAUUUUUACACAUUAUCAAUCUGAUGAUGAGAAAUAUAAGUUUUUAAUACUAUUUGAUACUUUUUUUCAAUUUGUGACUAUGAUAUGCGUUAAUACCAAAAUUCCAUCAACAGGUAAAUUAGCUUUUUGCUUUUAAUUUUUUUGAUAUCGCAAAUUGAACA